UCAUUACAUUGCAAAGGGGAGUGACGCAGUUAUUGUAGAUCUAUACUCCAUGCUUUUUCAUAUGACCUGAAAUAACAUUAUUUUCAAGCCGUGGACGUAAAAUUUUCUCGUAAACUCAGCAAAGAACAGGGACCUCUGCUGUCAUCUUUAGGCUGUAUGUCGAAUCUUUGCGCUCCUUGAAUUUGGAUGCCAUUCCGGUUGGAGGUUGCGGUACACCCCGAGGACUAGAUGCGAUAACCAGAACGAGAUAUGCCGCAGCCGAAAUCACGAAAAAUCGCCAUCCUCGGGUACAGAUCCGUAGGAAAGUCCUCUUUGACAAUUCAGUUUGUGGAAGGCCAGUUCGUUGACUCCUAUGACCCCACAAUAGAAAACACGUUUACUAAAAUGAUCACAAUAAAUGGACAAGAGUACCAUCUUCAGCUGGUAGACACAGCAGGACAGGAUGAGUACUCUAUCUUCCCACAGACUUACUCCAUAGAUAUCAACGGUUACAUUCUGGUCUAUUCAGUUACAUCUAAUAAAAGCUUUGAAGUUGUACAAGUUAUCCAUGAAAAACUGUUGGACAUGGUGGGGAAAGUUCAAGUACCAAUUAUGCUCGUCGGUAACAAGAACGACCUACAUAUGGAGCGAGUAAUCAGUUGCGAAGAGGGAAAAGCAUUAGCUGAAUCCUGGAAUGCUGCCUUCAUGGAGUCCUCAGCUAAAGAGAACCAGACAGCCGUGGAGGUUUUCCGGAGGAUGAUCCUGGAGGCAGAGAAGAUGGACGGCGGCGUGCAGCCAGGAAAAACGUCCUGCUCCAUGAUGUAGAGCCGCCCAAUCAACACACAGGACACUGCACUGGGAUAUCCCGUUACUUGAAGGCUAGCUGCCAGUUCUCCUCCACCUCAGCUGACUCCACCCCCCCCCCCCGGGUCCUAAAUAUCCAAUACUGUCUAUUUAUGGCUCUGAUUCCACUGUUAUUUAUCAGUAUUUCCAAUUCCCUUUUGUCAUCCUUGUUUUUCUUUGUGUGUUUGAUUUAAAAAAAAAAAAAAAAGGAUGAGUGGUGGUUUCCUCGUCUUAUAUUUCCCACAAUCCACCCCUCUUCCAUCUCUGUCCACAGCACUGAUGCAAAACACAGAACAUCAUUUAGGUGUAUCAGAAAAAAUGUUUUUUUUUUCCUGUGCUCGGUAAUGACGACAACCGUGACUAAGGCCCAGAGAUAGUAGUGGCUUGAUGCAUCUUCGCUUCCCAUUAUGCAGCUCCCAUAUAGGCAAUGAGCAAUUCUCUGUUUAAAUAACACGAGAUAAGAGAAAUGUCAUGUCUGCCAUGCGUAUGCUCCGAAAAUGGAUAAGUAAACACCGACGUUUCUUCUGAUACAUCACCAGCUGUUUGGUCCCUCCAAUAUAUAACUCUUUUUCUACUUCGUCUCCACACGCAGUACCCACAUCUCUGUCCCUCAGUUUGUUUUCAUAGCAGUUACUGUCAGCCAAAAAUCUGCAUCCAUUUUCUAAUGUUGAAAAUGUUGUACAAAUGUUUUUGAUUGUAAUCAUUAAAGCAAAAAGUGGUUAUGUAAAGCAGGCUUGAGUGUGGAUUAUUACGCUGAUAAUGUGUUUUGUUUUGUUGUUUUUUUUUUUUUGAAGUGAUAAAAA